AUGACUACUUCUUGUUCAUUAAGAGGCAAUGACUACUUCUUGUUCAUCAAGAGGCAACAAGGUAAAAUUGCCUUGUUAUUAGUGUAUGUUGAUGAUUUGGUAAUCACAGGUGAUAUUAAUGAAUUGAUUACUGAAUUAAAGAAAAUGUUGAAUAGUUAUUUUAAGAUGAAGGAUUUGGGUGAGCUAAAGUAUUUCUUAGGAAUUGAGGUAUUGAAAUCAAAGGAAGGCAUACUUUUGAAUCAAAGGAAGUAUGCACUUCAGUUAAUCAAAGAUACUGGUUUGGAGGAAGCCAAGUCUACUACUACUCUUUUAGAGCAGAUUCUGAAGUUGACUACUUUGGAUUAUGAUAAGAUUGUGCAGCAAGAUAAUGAAGAUGAAUAUAAUCUAGUUGAAAAGUCAGCUUAUCAAAGACUUAUUGGGAGGCUGAUUUAUUUGACAUAUACAAGGCUUGAUAUUACAUAUGCAGUGAAUUUUCUCAGUGAAUUCAUGCAGCAACCUAAGAGAUCUCAUAUAGAGGCAGCCUUAAGAGUAGUUAAGUAUGUCAAGAAAGAACCAGGACAGGGAAUCUUGCUAAAAUCUUCUUCAAGUUGUCAAAUUUCAGCCUAUUGUGAUUUAGAUUGGGGAUCAUGUCCAAUGACAAGAAAAUCUGUGACAAGUUUUUGCAUUAAGAUUGGUGAUUCACUGGUUUCAUGGAAAUCAAAUAAAUAG